AUGAAAACUAACGUGACUCAAGCAGAUAACAUGACAAAAGGAUCAGAAGAUGUGACAUCAAAUACGGACGUGAAUCAAAACUUCCCAAUUCCAGCUUAUCAACGUCCAAAGCUUUCUGGUUUUGAGUUUUAUGAGAAAGUUCUCGGUUCCCCAAAGUAUGUCGUCGCUCCUAUGGUCGAUGCAAGUGAACUUGCUUGGCGUAUUUUAUGUCGUCGCCAUGGAGCACAACUUUGUUACUCUCCAAUGUAUCACAGCAGUUGUUUUAUCAAAGACAUCAAAUACAGAACAGAAGCUCUGCAGUCAUGUCCCGAAGAUCGUCCUUUUAUGAUUCAGUUCUGCGGUAACGACCCAAAAAUUAUGCUCGAAGCAGCGCUCAUUGCUCAAGAUCAUUGCGAUGGCAUCGAUAUUAAUUUAGGAUGUCCUCAAGCGAUUGCAAAGCGUGGUCGUUAUGGCGCAUUUUUACAAGAUGAAUGGGAGUUGCUGGCGGAAAUCGUUAGCACUCUUCAUCAACAUCUUCAAGUUCCAGUCACGUGCAAAAUUAGAAUUUUCGAUGAUGAAAGCAAAACGAUAAAAUACGCUCAGAUGUUAGAAAGCGCUGGUGCCCAAAUAAUCACAGUUCACGGUCGGACGCGUGAAAUGAAAGGACCGAUGACGGGUAUAGCUGAUUGGGAAAUUAUCAGAAAAAUACGUGAGAGUGUGAACAUUCCGGUGUUUGCCAAUGGCAACAUUUGUUGUAUUUAUGAUGUGAAGCGAUGUAUGGAAGUGACGGGAGUAAAUGGCGUGAUGUCAGCGGAAGGAAACCUUCACAACCCAUUUCUCUUCGAUGGUGUGAGUCCGACAGCAUGGGACGUUGCAAAUGAAUAUCUCAAUCUUGUUGAGCUUUAUCCUUGUCCAAAAAGUUUCGUUAGAGGUCAUUUAUUUAAAAUAUUUCAUCAUUUGUUAAGUUUAAAAUCAAAUGCCAAUGAGCGCCUUAAAAUGGCUAAUGCUUACUCGAUUGAAUCAUUCAGGGAAGUGGUGAACUUUCUUCAUGAUAAAUAUCGUCCAUUCCAUGAAGGCGAAGCAGUGUGGGAUGGUGAAGUGAAUGAAAACUUCGUGCUUGAUUGCAAUCUAACAAUUCCGCCAUGGAUUUGCCAGCCUUAUUAUCGACCACCGCCUGCAGAGCAUAAGCAAAUGUUGGAAGAAAAGCAAAAGGCAGCAGAAUGUCGAGUGAAAGAAAAAUAUUUUGAUAAGGAAGGCAAUGCGAUCUCUAAGAAGCAUAUGAAGAAACUUAAACGUUUGGAAAAGCGAGCCAAGAUUAAAAUUGAACGACAUGAAGAGCUCUGCACGAUGGUUGACUGCGCAAACACACGAGGCCUCAAGUGUGAUUUCAAUCUAUGUCGAAUAUGCUGCAAGAAAAAAUGUUUUAUUGAGACAUUCAACUGCUCAGGACAUAAAGUGUUCAUCAAGGAUAAACGAGAACGAGCGCAACAUAUGGAAAUAAUUAAAAAGAAGAUGAAGCCCUCUAAUGAUGUUGACGAUGUUUCUAUGGAUGUUGAAUGAAUUUGUUAGUAUGCUUUUCUUAUAUUAGUAAAUAAAUGCUAAUGAAUUCUUCAUUACUAAGCUUUUGAAAAGGUUUCUCACUUGUAUUCAGUUUAAGGACGAAGCUCAAGAC